CGGCUAUAAAAUGCUAUUACCUUAACCCUGAAACGAGCUUUACUAACGAAAUUAGCAACUCUAACAACAGAUUGACAAUUGAGAAUAAUUAUGAUACUGUUACGGAAACGGAUAUUCCUAAGCCGGCUGCAAGCAAAGCGAGGUUGUCGGAAUUCAAAAAAACUUGUGAUGCUACAAAUGCCUCGCAUGCAAAUGAGGACGCAACAACCCCGGCGAAUAUUCUAGAUUCUAUUUACGUUAAUAAUAUAUAUACCAGUGUGACAACUAAUCUCAUAGAAGAAAGAGUUUCCAGUGAUAGUAUUGAGGUUGAUGGGGUCAGUUUAUUUCAUUUAGUUAACGUUGAAUGCGGUGGUUAUGAAGCCUGUCCUAGCUACAGUCGGAAUUGGACCACUGAGGGAACAAUUACUAUCGGAUUCCUGGGAAGUUACCGACGAAGCCAGACGGUGCUGGGUGCCUUGCCUUUAGCUGUGGCGGCUGUGAACAGAGAGCCUGCGCUACUGCCAGGACUACGAUUAAGGUUUGUAGCGGCAGACAUAGGACGACCUCGGCCUCCCCUGUUCAUGGAUAAAGACAGCUUUUCGUUGAGGGUAAUGACGCAAAUGCGAGAUCUCGGUGUUUCCGCAUUUUUCGGACCUGACGGAACAUGCCACACUGAAGCCAAGCUAGCUGCUGCUUGGAACUUGCCUCUUAUUUCUCAUAAAUGUACAGGAGCCCAUGGUCCGAUCGAUGAGAAUGGAUCAGCUCUUGGUGCCACGUUCGCUAGGACCCUGCCUCCUGCGUACAAGGUCAGCAAAUCGCUGGUCUCUCUACUGAAAGCCUUUGGCUGGACCAAAUUUACUGUGGUUGCCGGAGAUAACAAUACACCUGCUGCUCAACAGUUGGAUGCUCUCAAGGAAAUCCCGUUUCUGGUUCAGCGAACAUGUCUUCCUGACAACUUAGGUUACCGCGGUCACGGACAGAUGUAA